CAACUGUAGGCGAUGUUUCUGUCAAUGCUGCUUUUGGUCCACCAUCAUCUUUCUCCUCCUUGCAGGCAAUGCUAAUGGCAUUUUCUUUUACUUUACCAUCCUCAAUGCCCCCAUUCUUAGUUUCCUCACUCAAAAUCUCAAAUUUCAAGAUCACUACCGUCGCCGACGAUAUCACCGUCCUCACUACAAAAUUGAACGUCACACUCUCAACCAAAAACCUAAAUAUAAUAUUGAUAUACAACUAUAAAACCAUCAUUAUAACUACACUGUCCAACCAAAUUGUUAUAGCAAAUGAGUCCUUUCUGGAGUUCACCAGUAGUCUGAAUGACGUUAGUAUGAUACAUUCGCCUCUGUCAAAGGUGUCUCAACUACUUGAUGCUGAUUCAGUGUCGGCCUUGAGAAAAGCUCGGUUCGUGGACAAUAGCGAUGGAUACAAGGGUUGUGGUGUGGACAGAUUGAGAAUCAAGAUAGUCGAGUUCAGAGUAAUAGACCGACUCCAAGGUGAAAAGCUCCAGCUGUGGCAUCAACAAAUAAUGCCAAGUGCAAGGUUGAUCUGAGAAUCAACCUCUUGAAAUGGACUUUCUAAGUUUAUUGUAUUUGUAUUCGCUUAUCGAACUCUCUACGUAUUUCGAAUCUUCUUAAUAGUACUAUUCAGUAAUAUGUAAUAUGUUUUACUUAUUGAAACAAUUAUGAUGAUAAGCACUUUUUGUCUUUUCCUGAAGUCAUAAUAUGGA